ACCUACAACCCCCAACCGUGAAAGGGGCGGAGCCAAAGGAUCUACUUUUCGCUAUGCACCCCUGGCGAUCUUCCCUUUCGACUUCGACCCCUAUGGGAGGACCUUUCAACCCCUGUGAUGUGUGCUGUCACCGCCAAUCUAUAGUGAAGGGACUUAGGGACAGUUGUAAAGUUGCUGCGUUGUGGGUAGUACAUAUAAACAUAAUUCGAUCGUGGAAGGACUAUUUUUGUGUUUAUAUCGAUUGUGUCGGUUCAGUGUAUCGAGAGUGCUGUGGGUUUGAGUGGUCGAAACUGAAUUUUAAUUCGAUGAUGUUGGAGUUUUAUCCGAAUUUAAACUUGAAUGGGACAGUCUUACCAGAUCAUGGGAUAUCAGUGCAAGAUUGUAGUAGAGCUGAUCCAACUCUCAUCAAAUGUGAAAAAACGUACGAAAUGUGCGAAGGCUGUGGUAGAAAAAUUCACGACAGAUAUCUUAUGCGCGUAGGCGAUGCCAGUUGGCACGAGCACUGUUUGGCUUGCUGCGUGUGUGGCGUUCUUUUAAAUCAUUCCUGUUACACAAGAAACACUAAAUUAUAUUGCAAGGCUGACUAUGAUAGGAUAUUCGGAGUCAAAUGUUCAAGAUGCGGAGACCGUCUGCUGCCACACGAAAUGGUGAUGCGAGCACAGCAACACGUAUUUCAUCUACCCUGCUUCGCUUGCGUCAUCUGCUGCCAGCCGCUGCAGAAGGGCGAGCAAUUUGUUAUCAGGGCCGGACAGCUGUUCUGUCGGCAGGACUUCGAGAAGGAAAUUUAUCUUAUGCAAGCAGGUUCAGGGGAUGAUGACCUCCUGGAUGAAAACAGUAGACCUAGGGACGGAAGGAGAGGCCCUAAAAGACCUCGUACUAUAUUGACUUCCGCCCAAAGGCGUCAAUUUAAAGCGUCAUUCGAAGUGAGUCCGAAGCCUUGUAGAAAAGUGAGAGAAGCAUUAGCCAAAGAAACGGGCUUAUCUGUUCGAGUCGUUCAAGUCUGGUUUCAAAACCAAAGGGCGAAAAUGAAGAAGAUCCAAAGAAAGGCGAAAGCUGACGAUGGUAAAGGGGACAAAGACAAGGGAGAUAAAGAAGACAAAGUAAUUAAGGAGGAAUCGCCAUCGAACGAGCACUACUUGGAUACUUAUCCAACACAUUCCGGAGAUAGCUUCUGUAGUUCUGACAUAUCUCUUGAUGGAAGCACCAAUUUCGAUCAACUAGACGAAGCUACAUCCGACACCCUAUCACUACAAAACUUAGAACUGCAACCUAGUCAUCACCAGCACGAUUCUUUACCUUCGUCUGGAUCGAUAGCCAAUCCUAUAGAUAAGCUCUACCUCAUGCAAAAUUCUUAUUUCAGCACGGAACCAUAAGACAUUACAAGGUUUUAAUUUUGUUUUAUAUCAGAUGUUUAUUAUAUCAAUGUUUUAUUGUUUCCAUUUAUAGUUUUUAUUUUUUAUUUUAUUUAUACAUUAUUUUUAUUUACCAUUCUAGUAUUCCUUAUCACUGGAAUUGAAACGCAUAAUGAAUAGGACCGUCUUUCACACCUUUUGGAUAUUAUUCAUUUAUUCAUAAUAAUUUUACUUUCACUUAAUAUUUCAGGGACAUUCGAUAUUUCCCUUUUUUCCACUCAAUAAAAUUAUACAGCCCAAAUAUCUGUUUCCUACUAUUAGUAUUCAAUUUCAGUGAAAAAUAGUAAAUGAAUUCAAUACAAAUAAGGCCAAUAUUAUCGUUUCACAUUAAACCGCUUGUUCCUUAUAUUUCAAAACCUGAUUGCAAUGUAAAAUACCGCACUUACUACACCUUCUAGUCAUUUGCAGAUUUUGAGAAAUAUUAUGUGAAUAGAUUAUAAUAAUUUAUUCAUUGAUGUAGUUGUUGAAAAAAAACUUAAUUUGAAGAAACUGGAGACGGAAAUAUCAUUGAUUUUUCGGUUAUUCAAUUGCAUUGAGCAUUGUUUCCUGCCGCUCUCAACGUGCUAGAUGAUUCAGAAAAACAGGCAUUACGAAAUCAUUGGUAUUGCCCAUGAAUAAUUAUUUAUACUUCAAAUUUCAAACUGUUUUUUUGUAUCUUUUGAUAAUUAACUGAGAAGUAUUGAUAUUUCUGUAGUACAGAAAAAGAUGUAAAAAGUAUUCUGAGUCGAAUUAUUGAUUGUGAUGAAUUAUAUAUAAUAUACCAAAUAUUAUAGUAUUGAAUAUUAUCUAGAUUUUAUUAUGUAUAUUUUAAAUAAACUA